UACGUGUUGAAGUCCUGAUGAGUAACAACAGAUAAAACAUUACAUGGGUGGUGCUGGUCGGCGUUCUGUAGUCUUUUGGAACUCGCGGACUACAUUCCCGGGUGGCGCAACCAGCGUCACGUCCGGCCGUGCCGGCUGGCCGCGGAAGGGGAGCGAGAGCCCGCGGUGCUCCGCCUUUGUUGUGUAGAAGAAGUUGUGGUGUACGUUGUGGUUUUGGCGGGAGGAAUCUUUCUUCGUCGGCGGCCGAAAGAAAACAAUGAGCAGUACAAGAGAGUCCUUGUCAUCUGCUUCAUGUGACAGCCCCGACUCCGUAAGGAGAAAAAGGAAGAAGAAGCGGCAAGAUGCUACGACGCAAGCCAACCCGCCUGGAGCUGAAGAUGGACGACAUCGAAGAGUUUGAGAGCAUCAAAAAGGAGCUGGAGAACAGGAAGCGGCAGUGCGAGGAGGACGAGUCCGUGGCGGUGGGUGCCGGGGAAGGACCUGUCGGCACCGCAGCAGGCGUAGCUGGGCCCUCGGUCAUUGCAGACGGCCGUUCGCAGGCAGAGCUUGUGCAGGAGCGCAUCGGCUACAAGCCCCACCCGAAGCCCGCCACGCUCCCGGCUCUCUUCGGCAACGUGCAGUUUUGAGGCGCACGCUGCUGCACGGUGCACGUGCUGCUGCUGCGGUCGCCGUUGGCAACAGUGACAUUCUUUGCGUAAGGACAAGAGGCGGGUUUAGUCAUGUGGGCGUUGUGCUCUAAGUUGUGCUACAGGUACAUUGUGGUCACAGAGAAGUGAAGUGACGUGUGUUUAAAUAAAAGGCAGCCGUGGCUGUGAGAAUGUUGAGGCGUCAUGUGUUACACAACGAGGUACGUGGGCACACGAGGGACAUGCUGCCAACGUCAGAGGCUGUUCUUUAUUUUAGACACUCGUGAGUGAAAAUCCUGGACGGUACCACCGUCGUCAGUAGAAAUCCUUACACACAUCUUCACCAACAUCUCGGUUAGGUUGAGGAAACGGUCUCGUGGCGCAGCACAUCCAGAAGGGUCCUGCGUUAAGCAACUGGUGCCUCGUUGGACUGCACAGCAUCCACUACCCCUGAACCAGACCAGCACGUCACCCACCAGCGCUGCAAACAAAGCUUCCGGGAGUGAACCAGUGUCAACAGGAUGGUUUGAAAAGGCUCA